AUGAACGUAAGAUUGCAUUUUUACUACCUCCUCAUUUUAAUUGUCAAUCUAGAACUGAUAGAUGCACAUGGAAAACGAGCAAGAGAAAGAAAUAAACCCUCAGAGGUGGAGAUUUCACUUCCUAAACAUAAAAAUGGCGAUCGAAGACCACUGCCUUUUGAUCAUCGACCACACUUCGACCGGAAACACAUCGAUCAUAUUCCAGCGUAUAAUCUCACUGAUUUAAUAGAUGACAGAAUACUAAACAAGUAUGGCAAUUCAUGUACAGCAAAUGUUUUGACGGGCGGAUUUAUUUCUCUAGAAUUGCCUUCACUUGUAUAUAACUAUACUUUAAAUUAUCCAUCCUUUCUAAUUCGUUGUGAUAAUGGUGGUGUAAAUCCUAAUUUUUCCCACAUUUUACAAAACUUUGUUCGUGAUAUUAACAGCAAUCUGAAUGUUCAAGAUGACAGUAGCCAGUACGUCGGAAAAGAUCCGUUCCCCUUAGGGAUGAUGAUGAUCACGUUUGCCUCCGGGUGUAUAUGUGUCGCAACAUGGAUGCUUUUUUUAGUGGUGCUGUUACUUCCAUCUGAUAAUCACAAUAGAAGGAAAAAACUUGUGCACAUUUACGUACUUUUUUCGGCGGUUAUAAGAACAGUUUUCCUCAACGAAACUAUAGCCGUCAUAUUUAAUAGUCAGUAUCACGAUGACUACCAGGAUGCUAGCCAAUUUGAAUCCUCCAUUGUAGAGACUGCUUCAUAUAAAAUAUGUGAAUUAGUUUCAAAUAUUUUGAGUGAUAUAAACUGGAUUUAUAUUGCUCAUUACUUACAGUCUAAUUAUGGAAAACCAACUUGGAAUUGGAUCCCAUUCAAAAUGAAAAAGGGAACUCGCUUCAUUAUUAUUGUAGGUUGCUUCCUUUCCCUAGCCGACAAUCUUUUAUUUGGAAACCUUCUCUGGAGAAAAAAUCUCAUUGUCUUAAGGAUAUUUUAUAAGGGAGUGGAACUACUGAUAUACACAAUUUUUAUCUCCGUUAUUUGUUACUUCACAUGGCAUAAUUUUGCUUACAUACUUUUACCGAGAACUGCUGAAACUAAUAGGGAUAGCAAGUAUAAGACAAAACUCAGAAUACUUUGGGAGAACUACCACGAAACAAUACCAUUAUUGACCUACAAUAUCCUAAUAUUUCUCUUAUUUUAUUUUACAACAAUCUUUUUCGCUGCCUUCACCUUGCAUGUUAGAGGAUGGACUUUCAACUUCGUUCGCUUCUUACGAGUUUUGAUAACAGUAAAUGUUUGGGGUUUGAUUGGAGUAUUAGAAAAGAGGGAGCUACAUAUAAGCAAAAAGACUGUACUCGGGCGAAAAAUAAACAAUAAAGAUAAGUUUUUCGCCAAUCCAACAAUCAACUAUUAUGAGGACGAUUUAGGCAAGCACAUAAGUUCCGUGACGUUAAACCGAGAACUAAAUCGCACUCACAGUAACGACACUUCACAUGGUUUAUCAAGCGUAGUGACUUCUCCUUCGCCUACCUGGAAAUCACCAAUUGAAAGAAUAAAAGAUAGAAGAAGAAGAAGGCAUAAGGUCGUGAAAAGCAGGAAUAAACCUGAGCAAAGCCCGAAUAAAUCCAGUUUUAACUCCAAUACUAGAGCAACAUUAUCCAAAUACCGAAAGCUAUUGAGCAAGCCUAGGCGAAAAGCUAAUUCAUAUGAGCCAGGAACUGGGAUCGGACCGUAUAAAAAGCUCCCAGUUACUAGGACCGAAAUCGACAACCAUUUUGGUGGCUCAUCAUGUCAUGAUACAGAUCUUAGUGACAACGAAAGUGUGGAAACUGAACUCCGAACCAACCACAUUUACGAUUACGAAAGAAGCGAUUAA